CCGCAACCCACCGUGCAUGUCUGGACUACACGUUUUGCUAAAAUUGUUACUUUGACCGUCACUAAAAUGUGCAAGAAACAUUUCAAGUCAUGACCUUUGUUGACAUAUAUGCAUUUCAUAUAGAGUACGGUUACAACAUGAGUGUUUACUGACAUUUUGAUUCACGUGCGUUGCCGCCGUGGUUUACACUCUCACCGACUGUGUGCAAACGACCGCGUUUUUACUCUGUUAUUUCAUAUCCCAUAUGUAAUCAGCCGAACCAGAGUCAGACUUUGGCUAAAGGCUUUGUGGUCGCCCACAUGAGCAGCGGGCUCUCUGAGCAGCGGCGGGACGGGGUGUCGGAGACCGACAUGAACCCACCGAUGAAGAGGCUCCGUACUGCGGGAGGUGGAACAGAGACACCGAGAGGAGAGCAGCUGGAGGAGAGGAGCGCAGUGGAUGUGAGUAUUGUCAUGCCAGUGUACAAUGCAUCCUGCUGGCUGGAUGAAUGUCUGCAGGCCAUAUUACAGCAAGACUUCACUGGAUCCAUGGAGCUGUCUGUCUUUGACGAUGCAAGCACUGAUGACUCCAGGAAAGUGGUGGAGGGUUGGAGGGAGCAACUGGAGGCGAGGGGCAUCUCAGUGGUGACCUCUAGCCACAACUCUGCCCAACCAAGAGGAGUGGGAUAUGCAAAGAAUAAGGCAAUAUCUCAGAGCUGUGGAAAAUACUUGUGCUUUCAGGAUGCGGAUGACGUUAUGUUGCCUCAAAGAGUUCGUCUGCAGUAUGAGGCAUCUCUCCUCCACCCAAACUCUCUGAUUGGCUGUAGAGUCGAGAGGCUUCCAGAGGGAUCCACAGAGCGUUACACCCGCUGGAUCAACACAGUCGCUCAGGAGCAGCUCCUCACACAGGUGUACACAUCUCAUGGCCCCACCGUUGUCAUGCCGACAUGGUUCUGCUCAAGGAACUGGUUCCUGAAGGUUGGACCAUUUGACGAGGGAGGCAAGGGAGUCCCUGAGGAUCUGAUCUUCUUCUACCAGAGUCUCCGUCAGGGAGGAGGUCUGUCCAGGGUCAGCCAGUGCCUGCUGAUCUACCGUUACCACGAGAAGGCCACCACACACUCUGUAACAGAGGAAACCAUUUGGAAGCUACGAGUGGACUUCCUGCAGGAGAGAGUACUCAGCCAAUGGGAGAGCUUCACCAUAUGGAAUGCUGGGAAACAGGGCCGGAAGCUGUACCGAUGCCUGAGCCCGACCAAUCAGAAGAAAGUCAAAGCUUUCUGUGAUGUGGACGAGAACAAGAUCAAGAAAGGCUUUUACACAUAUGAGGAAUCCAAGGAAAUACCAAAGCCAAAAAUCCCAAUUCUGCACUAUAAAGACGCCUCCGCGCCCUUCAUCAUCUGUGUUAAACUGGACAUGACAGGAGGUGUUUUGGAGGAGAACCUUAACUCUUUGCAUCUGAAGGAAGGAACAGAUUACUACCAUUUCAACUGAUUGCUUUGAGAGAUGGAGAAGACAAGAGGAGCCCUGCAGAGGAGAGGAUUAUUUACUACGUAAACACAAACUGAGGGAGAGGCAGGUAAUAACAGGAAGAGAGGGAAGUGAACACUGGAACAGAGGCGAUUUCUCUGCUUUCUCUGUCUCACACCUGAACCACAGCACUGGAGCUGUUACAGUUUUCAGAGAACCUUAGAGGAAUAGUUUGACAUUUUGGUGCAAUACGCUCAUCUGCUUUCUUGCUGAGAGUUAGAUGAUAAAAUUGAUACCACUCUCAUAUCUCGCCAUUGAAUAUGAAGCGACAGCCAGGACUCACUUAGCUUAGCUUAUCUUUGCACAAAUACUGGAAACAGAGGGAAACAGCUGGCCUGGCUCUGUCCAACUGUGAAACAGAUCUAUCCUCCUGCAAGUCUAAAGUUCACUUAUUGUUUAUCCAUAAAAACAUAUGCACAUUGUGUGCAUAAAAAUGGAAAAACAAAAAUUCACAAAAAUGUCUAAAUUUCGCAAAACAGUUUAUAUGCUUGGCUUGGUGUAUUGAUAAAAACAGAUGAAGUGAAUUAAUCAUGCCAUAACACUUAAUCACUUUUCAUAGAGUAAACAAAUACAUGCUUGAGCUUCAAACUUGCCUUAAAAUGGAUUUUUUUUAUUUUACCUCUGACUGAGCCAGGCAGCUAUGUUGAUGUGGAGAAGUGGAGCAAUGUUUUGGUAACUGAAUUAGCAAGAAGAGCAUAUUUGGACCAUUAUAUUUUAUUUAUCAGAGGACAGCUGUUUAUCAUGCAAGAGGACAUUACAAAUUACCAGUGUCGACCAUUGGAAAAAUAAAAUGUUAUGGUGUUUGAUAACCCUGUGUGGACUGAGAGUGGUAUUUGUUAUCCUGUAUUCUUGAACUUGUGCCGAAGUUAAAGGAAGCAACUGGAGUCAGCGUGUCAUCAGACAGAAGGUUUAACUUACAAAGGGUGGGAUGUUUUAUGACCAGAAGUCUUGUACUGAUUUCUUAACAGUCUUCUCUGAUGCAACCAUGCAAAAUCAG